AUGGCACUUGGACCUGCGUUGGCGUGUACUGACGAAUCGGGAUGCAUUAAUCGACUCACACAAGUUGAAUGCUUGCGAGAUGUGUGCCGAUGUGGCGUGCAUUGUGCGAACCAGCGGUUCCAACAACAUGCAUAUGCCAAAGUAGACAUCGUAAAGACGCCCGACAAAGGGUAUGGACUGCGAGCACAAACGGACCUGGGACGUGACGAGUUUGUGUACGAGUACAUCGGCGAGGUAAUUAAUCACGAUACGUUUAUGCGACGCAUGGCGCAAUACAAAACCGAACACAUUGAACAUUUUUACUUUAUGAUGCUGCAACGCGACGAGUACAUUGAUGCAACAAAGCGUGGUGGGCGCUCGCGCUUCAUCAACCACAGUUGCAGUCCAAAUUGCUACGUGAGCAAGUGGCAUGUGGGACGGCAUGUGCGGAUGGGUAUCUUUGCUAAGCGGAGAAUCCUCGCGGGCGAGGAGCUUACGUUCAAUUAUAAUGUCGAUCGUUAUGGCAACGAUCCGCAGCCCUGUUAUUGUGGCGAGCCGAACUGUGUGGGUACGCUCGGCGGCCGAACGCAGACCGAUGUGGUGACGAUGGAUGACCGCUUUAUCACGGCGCUCGGCAUCGCUGAUCAAGUUGCUCAGCUGCGUGCAUCACUACCCAGGGGGAAACGGAGUAAAAUUCUCGACGAAGACUUUUCUCCCACGCUGCACGCCAUCGCUGAGGAUGAAUGUGCACGAGUCAUGACGGUCAUGCGCGAUGCAACCGCAAAUCGCAAGAUGGUCCAAAUGCUCUUGACACGUGUGCGACUGACAGAUGAUAUCUCUGUGCACAAGAUGCUGGUGAAAAUGCACGGAUUCGUUGUGAUGGCCGGUGUGUUGGACGAGUGGGUCGAUGACUGGGAACUCGUCCAUCUUGCACUCCAGUGCUUGGAGAAAUGGCCUCUCCUAGCUCGCGACAAGGUCGUUGACUCUGGCGUGGGUCUACAGGUGCAACAGAUCUUAGAAGCUUGCAAGCGAGAGUCGGAAUCGGAAAAGAAGUUCGAGGGACAUCUGUCGAAAGUAGCCAUGCUCGCACAAUAUCUCGUUCACAAGUGGGAGCAGCUCCCAACCACGUUUCGCAUCGCACGGAAAGACGGCACGGAAGAGGAUGAAGAUGGCGGGGCGUGGGCGGCUCGUCGACGUGCCCAAGCGUCCAGUUCUACACAGGCAUCGCAUGACGAUACCACAAGCUCGGCAGUGUCUGAAGAACUCAGACGCUCUUUGCUUGCUUACCGUGAUGCCGACAAGAAUGUACCCACCGCUCCUGACGUCCCACGUAGCUCGCGUAUGAAGGAAGAACCGAGGAAGAAAGAUGAAGCUCAGAUGCAUAAAAAUUCUCUUCCAUCCAUUGAGGACAUCAUCCGCCGUGCGAAUGAGGACAGCGAGGCCCAACAGAAGCGGCUGUUGCAACAGCAAGAACUGGAGCUGGAAGAGCAGAAAAGAGAGAAGGAAAGGAAAGAAAGAGAAAAGAAGAAAAGAAGGGCAAAGCAACAUGAUGAGAUGCGUGGUGGACAAGAUAUGGCAAGUACAUCGGCGUCCAAGCGUGCAAGCCCGUCUUCCUCAGAGUCACACAUUGUCCAUAAAGACAAGCGAGCACGUUCAGCGUCAGCCCAUGAAGACACUGAUAUAGAGACGCUCGAGCGGCACCUACGCAAGCUUGUUGGUGCGCUAGUCAUCAAGCAAAUGUCCAAGGUCCGGGACCAGCUGGAUCGCGAGCGAUUCAAACGGCAUGCCAAAGAGGUGAGUACCAAAUCAGUAAGUCCAUUAACCCUACUUCUCCAGUUAACACAAGUGCUGUGUGACAAAGAGAAGCGCAACCCCAAGACAUGGCCACCGCGUUUGCCUGAGGGCCAACCGGGUUUGAGAGAACUCAGUGAAGAUAAACGUAAAAAAAUGAAGAUAUUUGCGCAUGAAUAUAUUAAAAAGCUUCUUCGUCACAAGAGCAAAGCACAUAUGAGUGCCGAUACCAGUGCCGAUCUAUCUACGCAGCCUGAUACAAGCGUUGAUGCGUCAAUAGAUCUUGGCUCACCCUCCUCAUCAACCACCAAAAAACCGUCAUCCCCUUCACUCUCGCCACCAUCAGAUACCUAG